AUGGGGUUUUCUGAGCAAUAUGUGUUCAGAAGCAGUUUGCCUUUGCCGUCUUCUAAAGCUGAGAGAAACUUGAGUUUCGAAGGGAGAUGGAGAGGGAAAGAAUGCAGGCUGAACAGAGGGAGAAAGAAAGAAUGGCUGAGAUGGAAAGAGAAAAGAUACAAAGAGAGGUUGAGAGAGAAAGAAUGCAGGCUGAACAGAGGGAGAAAGAAAGAAUGGCUGGGUGACCUCCUGGGCGGGCUGGAGACCAGGACCGGCGUGCAGCGCUAUUACCUGGCCACAGGCGUGGUGGCCUUCCUGGGCCUCUACCUGAUGUUCGGCUAUGGGGCCUCCCUCCUCUGCAACCUCAUUGACUUUGUCUACCCCACCUAUGCCUCCAUCAAGGCCAUUGAGAGCUCAGCCAAGGAGGACGACACGACGUGGCUGACCUACUGGGUGGUCUAUGGGCUCUUCAAUGUUGCCGAGUUCUUCUCCGACACUUUCGGAGAUUAA